AUGCCGUUGGACACCGGCCUCGCCCCGAGCCAAUUGAGGCCCGGGCCGGGCGACGUGUCGCCUUCGUUUGCCCAGACGGGCGCCGACUUCUUCCUCGACGACAGCGACGACGCAAGCGACAUCGACGACGACGACGACGACGGCUACUUUGACGACCUGCAGUCGGAAUUCGACGGCGGUGCCGACACGUAUGAGCUGGUCGUGAACAAGCGAGAUGUGCCGCGGGAACGGGGCCGCGCGCGUGGCCAUGACGGCGUCGACGUCAGGACGGGCCGGCGCCCAAGGCAGCCGGGCGCCGCGGCGGGCGCUUCCCAGCUCUACACGCCCGAGGAGGAGCUCGCCGUCCGGACAAAGUUUGAUCGGAAGCUGGUGCUCUUCGUGGCGCUCCUGUAUAUGCUCAGCUUCCUCGACCGCUCCAACAUUGGCAACGCCCGCAUCGCAGGCAUGAACCGCGACCUGCAGACCAGCCCGCCGCGCGACGACUGGUACGAGUGGUCCCUGACGGCCUUUUACCUCUCGUACCUUGCCUUUGAGUGGAUGUCGCUGCUGUGGAAGAUUGUGCCCGCCCACGUCCUCGUCUCCGCCAUUGUCCUGACGUGGGGCCUCGCCGCGUCGCUGCAGUCCGUCGCCACCUCGUACCCGGUCCUCAUCGCCUUGAGGGUCGUGCUCGGCAUCGGCGAGGCUGGCUUCACUGGUAUCCCCUUCUACCUCAGCUUCUUCUUCAGGCGCGAGGAGCUGGCGUUUCGGACCGCCAUCUUCAUCUCGGCCGCACCCCUGGCGACGAGCUUCGCCUCGACCCUCGCCUGGCUCAUCGUCAAGUUUGCCUCCCUCGGCCCCAUCGCCCCCUGGCGCCUUCUCUUCCUCAUCGAGGGCUUCCCCUCGGUCGUCAUCUCCGUCGUCGCCUGGUCCGCCAUCCCCGACUCCCCCCAGACGGCGCGCUACCUGACGGAUCGCGAGCGCGACGUGGCUCGGCUGCGGCUGCGCGGCGAAAAGUCGUCGUCGAGGCCCCCCACGCCCGGGGUCCGCGGCCGCGACCUCGUCGCUGUCCUUCGCGACCCCGUCGCCUGGCUCACCGCCGCCAUCCUCUUCCUCGCAAACAUGGCCUACUCGUCCCUGCCCGUCUUCCUGCCCAAGAUCAUUGCCGAAAUGGGCCACAGCACCGUCGCCUCCCAGGCCCUCAGCGCCCCGCCCUACCUCGUCGCCUUUGGCCUCGUCCUCUUCACCGCCCACAUGUCGGACCGCCUCCGCGCCCGCACCGGCCCCCUCGUCUUCCACGCCCUCGCCUCCGCCCUCGGAUACACCCUCCUCGCACUCGCCGAAUCCCUCGCCCUCCCCCCCCUGCUGCGCUACCUGGCCCUCUACCCUGCCGCCGUUGGCUUCUACAACGUCGUCACCCUCGUCAUCGCCUGGUCCAUCAACAACCAAGCCAACCAGACCCGCCAGGGCGCCGGCUUCGCCCUGCUCCAGUUUGUCGGCCAGUGCGGGCCCCUCAUCGGCACUCGCCUCUAUCCCGACCGUGAUGGGCCCUACUACACGCGAGGCAUGGGCGCCUGCGCCUGCGCCAUGUUAGCCGUUGCCGCUUUGGCUCUCAUCCUGCGACUUCUCCUCAAGCACCGAAACCAUCGCAUGGACAGAGCCGAGGACGAAAAGUUGGCCAACGGCAACAUGGUCGAAGAACAAGGCCUGGUAGGCUCGGGAAAACUGAAGAGGACGUCGGCAGACCGUUUCAGAUAUAUGCUAUGA